AUGAAAGACCAUACACAAUACAUAUUCACUUCAAACAAUCUUCUAUACUUUCUCCCAAGUCAACUUACAAUCACCGUCCUUACCGUUUGUGACCCAACGUUCAAAACCCCAACACCUGGCUGAUCUUUAAACAGAACUUUACUUUUCUUCAAAAUGUACGCAUUCAAAACAUUAUCAUUGGCAUUCCUCCUCCUGGUAGCCAACGUUCAAGCCGGGAAGAUUACAUACACAUGUUACAACAAGACCGGUGGAAUCAAGAAAGACGGGCUUCUUGAACAAAAAGCCGGCGGAACCAUCCCAGAUGAUCAGGUCCAAGUCGUUGAAGAUGGUAUGAAAGAAUGGUCCAAUGGCAAAUACGCAGCCUCGGUAAACAAACGCACCAAGAUUCUUAUAGUCAAGUGUGUCGAAAAGGUCGAGAAUAAGAACCUCGCUACCGCGGCCAUCAAUGAGCAAGAACAACUUGUUAACAAACACAUCAAGAAAACUAAGCGGUAUGAAUCCGAAGCUAGGUCUUUUUCUUUUGAUGACAUACUGACUUCAGUAGUGAUGAUGGAGAUGAUUUGGAGGAUGAAGAUGAAGAUGAUAUCAGAUAUCUAUUCUAAAAUGAUGUUGACCACAGGAAAUAUACAACAGCUGGUUGUAUGGGAGCAUGGAGCAGUUAUCAUGGCUUUUAGUCGUUGCAUGGAGUUCUCCACUGGAGUUUCAGCUCGGCCGACUACUGCGGGAUUAUCUAGGCUAGACAUUGAAGCAUUUAUAUUUGAAAUCUUCAAAC